GAUUUUUGGCUUUUGAUACUGACGAGACUCGGUCAAGGAAUACGUAUUUUAGUAACUUUUCAGAGAUUUAUUUUCUGUAGUUUUAAAAACUUUUAUUUAGAUAUGAUUAAUAUGAAAUGUUUUUAAAGUAUAUUUUAAAUUCUAUUUGCUGAUGUGAUUGUGCAAAUGAGGCUGCAUAUACUACUAAAAAUUAAAAUAGAGAAUUUUGAGAGACACAUUUUUGUACUUCUUGAUUUCUUUUAAAAAUUUAUUAAAAAUUAUCAGACUAAUUUAAGUAUAAUUUGAUACGGUAGUCUUUAAUAGGUUGUCCUGUAGUUUAUACUUUCAUUUAUAGAUUAUUAAUAAUUAAAUUAAUAAGCCUAAAUUAUUAGCAUGCUGCAUAAAAUAUGACAUUCUGAAAAGCUUACUCCUUUCCUUGUGUUCCUUGAGGAAGUCUAAUUCGAUUUAAAAAUAAACCUAUGAAAGAUGGCUUAUAGUUGUUUUUAGAAACGAAUUUUUAGUUUUUGGACAUUGAGAAUUGCAUUAAAUAAUUUUCAUCUGCAGGGAUGUGGAAUGAAUGUAUCAAAAAAUGUAUCACUGUUUUAGACGGAGGUUUUUCUACAGAAUUGGAAAGGAAUGGUUUCUCUUUUCUGCAUGAUCCUUUAUGGAGUGCUACUGUUCUUCAUACAAAUCCUGAAGCAAUUAAAGAUGUCCAUAAAAGCUUUCAAAAUUCAUCACAGUUACCUUGAAAGGGGUGCUGACAUCAUCACAACUGCUAGCUAUCAAGCCAGCAUAGGAGGUUUUCAAAAGCAUCUUGGUUUGAAUUUGGAUGAGAGCAAGCGGUUAAUAAAACUGAGUGUUGAAUUAGCUGAGAAUGCAAAACAAGAUCAUUUAAAGGAAUCUAUUUCAGAGUGCAAGGAGAUAUUGAUUGCUGGAUCAGUUGGACCUUAUGGGGCUGCUUUGGCUGAUGGAUCAGAAUAUUCUGGGAAAUAUUGUGACAAAGUAUCUCAUGAGGAGCUUAUUAAAUGGCAUUUGCCUCGUAUCCAGUGCUUGCUUGAUGCUGGAGCAGAUUUAUUAGCAUUUGAAACAAUGCCUGCUGUGAAAGAAGCUGAAGCACUCAUGAAGUUACUUCAUGAUUUUCCUCAUGCAAAAGCCUGGUUGAGUUUUUCUAGUCAGUCUAUGCACUAUACAUGCAAUGGAGAAGAUAUUAGUUCUGCUGCAUUAAACUGUAUAAAAAGGGCACCCAGUGGUCAGUUGGUUGCUGUUGGAGUUAAUUGCUGUCCCGCAGAAUUUGCUGGUAGUCUUUUAAAAGACAUUGCUUCAGUUUCUGAUGGUUUUCCUUUGAUUGUUUAUCCAAAUAGUGGAGAAAAGUGGGAUCAUCAGCAAGGCUGGACUGGUGAGAAAGUAAAGCCUAAUCAUACUUAUUUGGACACAUGGGUUAAUGCUUCAGCAAAAAUAAUUGGUGGAUGCUGUAGAACUACACCUGAAGAUAUUUUUCACAUCCAUCAAUUCGCCUGUGAGAAAAAUAAAGAAAAUGUAGUUGCAUAAUUUAUAGAUAUUUAUUGCUUUCCCUACAAGCAGCUCAAUACAUUGAUGUGUAAUGAAGAAUAUUAUGAAGUUUCUUAAAACAUAUAUUUUGUAAAUAAAAGUGGAAUUAAAAUUUAUUCACUCGCAAGA